AUAGGACCUUUUCUUGACAGAAAAUGUGUUAAGGAAACUAAAUUACCACCAGCGACUCCGGAUGGUGAACCGAUCACGGUAAAACCAGGUGAUAGUGUAUGGUUUCCGAAUUAUUCUCUGCAUCGCGAUCCGAAGUACUAUCCGCAUCCAGAUAAAUUCGAUCCAGACAGAUUCCUUAACGGAUAUGUAAAUAACUUAGUCUAUAUGCCAUUUGGAAUCGGACCUAGAACCUGCAUAGGUAAUAGGUUUGCCAUAAUACAAGCAAAAGUCUUGCUGUUCUAUCUACUUUGGCGGUGCAAUCUCGAACCCGACAUUAAAACUCGAAUUCCUAUGGUGUUAAAGAAGCAAACACUUCUUAUGAUGGCGGAUGGAGGUUUUUGGUUGAAAUUGCGAGUGAGAAAAUUGUAGGCUUCUAUUAACACAAUGUUUACGAACAGACAUAAAAUUAAGGGACAGGAAUAAUACACAUAUUUAAUACAUUCUUUUUAAACGUAUAAUUAUAUACUUGAAAGAUUCU